UCCCCUGCCGAGCACUAACUCCUCUCUGCACGAGCCGCACAGACCGAAGCACACCGCAGAGAGUCAAGAUGGGACGCGGUGCCGGAAAAGGUGGGAGGGACGCUACGCCAUGGAUGGCGGGAGACAAGCAGCGGUUACAGGGCUUCAGCAGCAGCCCCGACCGGCCUGUAUCCUUCUCCCUCGAGGAGGUGCAAAAGCACAGGACCCCCUCGGACGCGUGGAUGAUCUACAGGAACAAGGUGUACGACGUCAGCGGGUGGCACGAGCACCCGGGAGGGAAUGUUAUCUUCACGCACGCCGGGGACGACUUCACGGACAUCUUCGCCGCCUUCCACCCUCCGACGGCCUACGCCGUGCUGGAGCCCUUCUACAUCGGGGACCUCGAUGAGAAGAGCGCCGUGGCCAAGCCGGCCGCCCAGCGAGCGUUCGAGCGAUCGUACCGGGAGCUCAGGAGCAAGCUCCUCACGAUGGGCAUGUACAACUCGGACCCGUGGUACUACGUGAUGGUGUGCUCGCGUCAGAUGGCGUUGUGGGCGGCGUCGGUGGCGUGCGUGGUGUGGUCGGACCGGUGGGACGUCAACAUGCUGGGUGCCUGCCUCAUGGCGGUGUUCUGGCAGCAGUGCGGCUGGCUGGCGCACGACUUCCUCCACCACCAGGUGUUCAAGAACCGCGCGUACGGCGACCUGGCGGGAGUUUUCUGGGGUAACCUGAUGCAGGGCUUCAGCGUAGGGUGGUGGAAGAACAAACACAACACGCACCACGCCGUGCCUAACCUGCACGAAUCGAGCGCGGACGCCCACGAUGGCGACCCUGACAUGGACACGAUGCCCGUGCUGGCGUGGUCGAUCAAGAUGGCCGAGGCGGCUAAGGACACAACGGUCUCCCGGUUCCUCAUUGGGCACCAGGCGUUCCUGUACUUCCCGAUCCUUCUGAUCGCUCGCGUUAGCUGGGUGAUGCAGUCGUUCUUGUUUGUGUUCAACGGCCUUCCCGGCGCGAACCUGUGGACGACCAAGGGCGCCGACACCUUCGUACCCAAGUCUCUCGCCAACAAGCUAGAGAGCCCCGCCCUGAUCGGGCACCUCGUGUGGAUGUCUUACCUCGCGUUCAACCUGGGGUUCGUGAAGUCGCUGGCGUUUUUCGCCGUGGCCCAGUGCGGCUGCGGCCUCUUCCUCGCGCUCGUGUUCGGCCUCGGGCACAACGGCAUGGCCACGUACGACGCUGACGCACGACCGGACUUCUGGAAGCUUCAGGUGACCACAACGCGCAACGUGACGAGCACGCCGUUCGUGGAUUGGUUCUGCGGUGGUCUCCAGUACCAGGUGGACCACCACCUGUUCCCACAGAUCCCGCGGCACAACCUCCGCAAGGUGCACACCCUGGUAGAAUCGUUCUGCAAGCAGCACGACGUGCACUACCACGAAGCGAGUAUGUGGGAAGGAACGAAGGAGGUUCUUUCGCAUCUGUCCGACGUGUCGGCAGAGUUCAUCGCGGAAUUCCCCGCGAUGUAGAUACCGCCUCUUUCUCUCUCUCGAUCUCGGGGAAGCACAGCAGCAGCAGCAGCAGCAGCAGCAGCAGCAGCAGCGUUGUUUUUGGUUUUUGCGAUGUGAUGGUGGUAUGCGGAGCACAACAGAACGUUCCCCCUCCGCUUCUGUCGAAAGUCCUGAUGGCGAUAUCUAUACCUACAUCGCAGUUCAAGGUCAUUUACAUUGAUGCAUUCGCUCUUUUUUUACGCCAUCAAGGAAGAAGGAACUCACUGUUUGUGUGGGUGAGGGCUCAUGUUACAUAGCACCUGUUGUGGGGGGAGAAGUGAGCGUCGGCGUUAGGCCGGGUAGUGGAAGGUCGUAGUCUUGCGAGCCAAGUGGCGGCCGAUGUUGUGUGUUCCUCUGUAUGUGGACCUUG